AGAGGGUUGUUUCAAAAAUGUGUUGGAAGGAUGUAUGACCCUCAGAACCAAUAAAUUUUAUUAGAGGAAAAAAUGGACCAGGACCUUGCGCUGGCCUUGAAACUUCAGGAGGAGUUUGACAGAGAACAUGGCGAUGUUUAUGUCCAGAGCAGCAGUGGUCAGUCAUCCAGUAAGGGUGGGUCACUGUCUCUGGCAGAUGAGAGCUGGGAAUUGAUGGACCCCAACCCUGACAUCAGGGCUUUGUUCCUCCAAUACAACGAGAGAUUCUUCUGGGGGCGUCUGGCCGGGAUCGAAGUGAAAUGGAGUCCGAGAAUGACUCUGUGUGCUGGACUCUGUGUAUAUGAGGGGAGAGGUGGGCUGUGCUCUGUCAGAUUAAGCUUACCUCUCUUAAAAUUGAGACCUAGACGAGAUCUUGUACAAACCCUACUUCAUGAAAUGAUCCAUGCCUAUCUGUUUGUCACAGACAACAAUAAAGAUCAUGAUGGACAUGGACCAGAGUUUCACAAACACAUGUAUCGCAUUAACCAAGAGGGCGGAGUCAAUAUAACUGUAUAUCAUACAUUUCAUGACGAAGUGGCAGAGUACAGACAACACUGGUGGAGGUGCAAUGGACCAUGUCAGAGCCGGAAACCAUACUUUGGUUAUGUGAAGCGAGCCAUGAACCGGCCUCCAGGACCCCGUGAUCCCUGGUUCAGAGAUCACCAGAACUCCUGUAAUGGCACAUUUAUCAAAGUCAAGGAACCUGAGAAUUAUGGGAAGAAAAAGAAGAAAGAUGAUGGCAAAGUUGGAAAGGCAAUGGAUAAAUCAGAAAAGAAAAGUCCAAGCAAAGAUAUAAGAACUUUCUUUGGAAAGGGCCAUGUACUAUCAAGUAGGUCACCCAAGAAAAACAGUUCAUCAGAAACUCCCAUCAGUUCUUCAGAAUCUCCUAAGCAUAGUAAUGUUGCAGAAAAGACUGCAGCAAAUGUAAAGAAUCCUCCAAAAUUUUAUGACACAGACUCAGAUGAUGAACUGUUUAUUGAUGAUCCACAAAAGAAACUCAUGAAGCAGCGAAAUUCUAGUUCUGACAUCAGUUUUGAUAAGAGAGACUUGCCCGAGGCUAUUUUGCGAGACUUGUUAUCGGACUCCGAUGAUGAACUCCUGUGUGGUGUUCUAGAAUCCCAGGAAAACAGUUCAACGCCCUCAACUUCUAAAGCUUGUGAUAAUGUAGGGAAUGUGAAUUACAUUUCCAUGGAUUGUGUGAUGGUAGAUAAGGGUCCAGUUACUCACAAGCCACCACCAAGUGGCUGCCAGAGUUCACCACUUCUGGGGCACAGCAGUCCCACAAAACAGAACAGAAGUUCCUUAAAGUAUGGGGAACUCAUUAUACUCGGAUAUAAUGGUCAUCUUCCGAGUGGGGAUAAAGGAAGGAAGAAGAGCAAAUUUAUCCUGGGCAAGAGGGCUUCAGGAAAUGGAGUCAAACCGUACAGAAAACACGUAGUUAAAAAUGCACAAGCUGCUAAGGCUCUGCAGGAUCCCCACUCUCACUCCGUGACCUACACUCUGUCCCGCAAUCAAGCUGUGGUGGUGGAGUACAAACAAGAUGAUGACACAGACAUGUUCCAGAUUGGGAGAUCCUCCGAGGUCCCGAUUGAUUUUGUUGUCAUGGAUACUAUCCCAGGUCACUUGCGAAGCAUGAAUGAUGGGAUAACCCAGAGUACAAUAUCGCGGUUUGCCUGUAGGAUACUGGUUGAUAGAAAUCCACCAUAUACAGCCAGGAUCUAUGCUGCGGGUUUUGACUCAGGGAGAAAUAUAUUUCUUGGGGAAAAGGCUGUGAAAUGGUAUGUGGGAGAAGAAAUUGAUGGACUGACAACAAAUGGUGUGUUUAUAAUGAAACCUCAGGAGGGUUUUUAUCCCCCUGGAAAACCUGGUGUGUGGAGGGAGGUGUCAGUAGGAGGUGCCAUUUAUCCCCUCCGAGAGUCCAGGUCUGCCCCUCUCAAAACUAACCAGAUAAAGGAUGAGGAUAAUGUGUUACAAGACGGUACACUAAUAGAUUUGUGUGGUGCUACUUUACUCUGGAGAUCUGCUUUAGGACUUAUUUCUUCCCCGAGUGAACAUGAAUUUGAGGACCUGGUAGAGACAAUUAAUGCUGGCCGUCCCCAGUGUCCAGUGGGCCUUAAUACCCUGGUACUGCCUAAGAAAGGAACCCUGGGAUUGGCAGACAGACAGCCCUAUGUGUAUCUACAGUGUGGCCAUGUACACGGACAACACCAGUGGGGACAGAAAGACGAUAAAACUGCACGGACUUGUCCACUGUGUUUAAAGGAUGGAACUUUUAUCAAACUGAAGAUGGGAUGCGAGUUGAGUUUUUAUGCUGAUUCGGAUCCACCCACACACUGUUUUAAUCCCUGUGGACAUAUGGCUUCAGAGAAAACAGUCCGGUACUGGUCGGAACUUCCUGUGCCACACGGUUGUCAAGGUUUCCAUGCCAUCUGUCCAUUCUGUGCCACACCCCUCAGUCCGGAGGCGGGGUUUAUCAAGCUGAUCUUUCAGGAUAACACAGACUGAAUCUCCUGUGAUAAUUAAUUGAUGUUCAUUGUUUAUUUAAGAAGGAGUAACAACUAUACAGAGAACAGAAUGAUGUCUCACUUCAUACUAGAUGUAUAUCAGAAAAGUGAACCUAUUUACGAAAUAUUAAAUUUGCCAUAGUGUCAGAAAAUAUUAAUUGGAUCAUAAUGUCAGAAAAUAUUAAAUGGUUCAUAGUGUCAGAAAAUAAUAAAUGGGUCAUAGUGUCAGAAAAUAUUAUUUUAAAAAAUCAAGAUUUAAUCAUUUGCUAUGUAUUAGUAUUUAAGUGGUAGGAAAGCUGGGCAAAUGUGUAAAUGUCAUGUAAAAAAAAUCUGCCAAUCUAUCUGAGGAAAACAUGCACUGACAAAAUUUUUUGUUUUGAGAUAAAGUCAAAAUGAUACCAGUAUCUGGAAUAACCGGGUAUAUGGAAUAAUAUAAUAGUAAUUUUUAAAUCAAGUAGGCAGUCAUCAUUUCUGGGGAAUAUUUUUCACACCUUUUAAAGGUAAUUGCAUAGACUUUGUUUUGUUCAUUAUUUCAUUAUUUUUUUAGUCCCAUUUUUUUUCAACUUUUACUAUUCUCUGCAGCAUUUUGGGAACAAAUACAGUCAUUCCAGUUCUGUUACUUGCCAGGGAAAAUGUUUCUGGUUUAUACUUGUGAGAAAAAAUGCACAAAGGUAUCUGAGCCCCUUAUAUUUUUGACAGACUUUAAUGCAAUGUUCAUGGAAUCUUUUAAAUAGGUCUGUCAGUAUUUUCACAAGAUUUAUAAACUUUUUUAUAUACAUAUAUAAAAGGAACUUUUGACAAAAUUUCAACUUUAUUACUGAUUAAGGUGAAAUGUUCCCCAUAAGGACAGAUGUCUCUAAAGUUAAUGAUGAAUUAGUUUGUUUAAAAUAAAUUCUUGCAUAGUGAAAUUGUUCACAGUAAAUCUCUAUUUAAUGACUUUGUUUAUACAGUAAAUUCAUAAUGUUCGGAGUGAUUUUCUUAAAAUUUAAGCUUGUGAUGCCAUUUUAUUGUUUUUUCAUUACUGUAUUUUCAUCUACAGUUUUUGUGGGAAAUUUAAAUCUAUAGAAUGCAUUUUAAUGUGGAUAAAUACAUUGCACCUACAUCAAGGUCAUUCAUUUUAUCAGUUACAUAUCACAUUACUUACCACGGCCAUAAUAUACCAGGUAAAAUGAAUUUGCCAUCAUAUAUUAUAAAUGUCUAUUUUCUCAUCUCCUUGUAAAAGUUGGUAAACUGUACAUUUACUGGGCAUUAGGUAAUAUAAAUAUUGUAUUAAUUCCAUGUGAUGAACUUUUCUUGCCUUUUCAAAUGUAGUUUUUAAUUGAUUUAAAGGGAAUUAAUUCAGUUAUGACUGCUGCUUUCAAGUAAUUUCAUGACCAUCCUGAUUGCACCUCUAUUUAUUUUGCUUAUUUUUAGAAGUUAGAUUUUUUAUGUCAUUAGUUACCUGUAUUAGAAGUCUGUGUAGAAUGCCAGGGUUUUUUGUCUUGUUUGUAAAGGUAUAUAAAGUAUUUUUUGCACACUAAUACCUCAAGUCUUGUUGUACAAGUAUUUACUGGGUAUUUUGUUCACUAGAAAAAAUGUGGUUAAAGACUUCUGUUGAUUUUGCAUGAGGUCGUCUUGAGUAAUUAAAUUUUUCUACUUUCUAAAUAAGAAAUUUUAUUUUAAACAUUGAAUUGAAAAGAACUUAAUGGAAUUAUUAUAUUUUCCCAUUUAUAGGGAACACAAAAAAAUGAACACAAACACAACCACAUCCAAAAAAAAAAAUAAAUAAAUAAAUAAAAAUAAAUAAAAAACACAUUCUAUUUAAUUUAAAUAAAAACCCUGCUUUUCAUGAAGCUGCAGUGGUACUUAUAUAAAACCACCUGAAAUUGAUUGAUUUUUGUGCCAAACUUCCAAUGAAUUCUUGCCCUCUUUGUUGACAUUGAUUUUGAGUUGUCUUUCUUACCUUAAUUCCCUUGGAAUUUGAACCAUCAGCAAUAAUACUCUGUCAUUUUUUUUGAGGAAGAGAAUAUAGAUUGCAUUAUUUGUUACAAUGUACUAUGGUUAAAACUGUACAUAGAAUUACUUUGUUCAUAUUUUUAACAGGAUUUUUUUUAAUCUUAUAGUAUGUUAAAAUAUGCUUGCAAGUUUAAAAUAAAUGAUUUUAUAUUCCUGUAUACAAGGAAAACUCACAUUAAGGAGCAGUGACCCUCACCCAAAAGUCAUAACUCUAACACUGAUCGAUCACCAUGGAUUUUUUUUAAAAAAAUAGAAUUCUUAAUCUUUAACAGUCGUUUGUCUCAAAAUUUUCAAUAUAUAUCUGAUUAGUAUAUACUAUAAACCAACAGUUGCAUGAAUUUCAUUUUCAUCUAUCGAAUCUUUAAGUAAAACAUCAUCCCCCCUUUCAACCCCCCUCAAAAAAAAAAUCAAUGAUAGCUAACAGAAGGUCACUAUUCCAGAAAUUCUGUUGUAGUUAAUUAAUAUUUGUAUGCUAGGAAUUAAAUUUUGAGGGAGUUUGGAGUGUUGACAGUUGUAUUCAAGCGUCGUCAACCAAUUUUGCACAACUUCAUGCUCUGUAUAUGUUCAUAAAUUAAUUCUAGUCAGAUUCAAUGUGAAAAAGAAAUCCAAUUUUCUUGAAAGAUAUAUAAAAAUUAAUCUCUAGAAAGUCAAUUUUUGUUAAUAUUUUUUGGGCUUAUCUUUUUCCUAUGAACAAAGAAACACUAAUACAUGUGUACCGUCCAUAUUUGGAAGAGAAAAUGCAUUUUAGGUUAUUUAACAUACAUCUAUUUUGUAUUUUGAUAAACUAUUAUAAGCAGUGCUUACAUUGGAACCUGAGAUUAGUACAAUUGAUACUGAUAUUUUGUGUAUUAAAUGGAAAUUUAUGUAAAUCCAAGUCUGAAAACAGCUAUCAACAUCUUAGUUUUUAAAAUCAUAUAUAAUAAUUUUGAAAUCGUUUAUAAUAAUUUUGAAAUCAUAUAUUAUACUUUUGAAAUCAUAUAUAAUACUUUGGACUUGUGAAAUUGUUGCAUGUAGAAAUUAAGAACUGUUGUCACUAUAAUUUACUAAUUAAUAAUCACAAACUGUUUUGGUACUGUGACUUAACUUACAUGGCUUAAAAAUCUUAAUUCCAGUAUUUUAUACACAGUAUUAGGAAAAAAAAAACUUAUUCUCCCAAAAAAUUUGCAUUGUAUGAGGAAACAUCCUCCAUGGAUAUUCAAGUUUCUAGUUUUCUUCAUAGCUGGCUAUAUGAUCAUGAUAUUGCUUGGAUAUGGUGUCUUAUUUCUUGUUUUUGCAUAAUGUCUGUGUUGUUAUUGAUUUAAACAGGCCUUUCAGAUAUACAGUAACUAGUCAGUCAUGAUUAAUUGGUCAUUGUUAAUCACUCCAUAUGUAAUCAUGCUCUCUAUGUAUAAUCCUUUUCUGUUAAUUACCUAACAGAGUGUAUAAUUAGUAUCUUUAGUGGAAAAAGCACCUUGAGUGUCUAAAUGAUGUCUCUAUUUACGUGUCACAGGGAUGUUUGUUAUGAAAAGCAUGUACAUCUUAAGUAUUUCUGAAAUAAUACUUGGAUAUGAAAUUCUAUAUUCUUACCAAUGUAUUAUAAGCUAGAUGCAUUAUUAAUAGUAGCGCUAUUCUAAGGGGAGUUCUGUGAAUCAGUUGGAGGUAAUAUUUAAUGUAAGAAAAAUCUUGCACGUGAAAAGGUUUACAUUGUUAUCAUCUGUUAAUGAAUUUCCAGAAAAAAAGAAUUUUAAGACUCUGCAGUAUUGUCAAAAAUAAUAUUUAUUGAAAUUUGUUGCAGAUAUAUUUCAUGUUGCACACUGUAUUAUGUACAUGUAUUUGAGGAAUAUCACUAUCUAUAGGUUAAUGUACAAUGAAGAUUUAUCAUUUUGAAAUUUUUGGAACUGCUGGACAUCAGGGCUGCAUGUAAUAAACCAAAUUUUGAACAUAAUGAAAAUUUUAUAUUGUACACAAAUGCUGUAUCAAAUGUCCCUGUGUGUUCAUGUCACAUUAAACUGUGAUAAAGUUUCCAUGUAGUAUAUUCUUAUUUUAAGGUAUUUUUAUUUUCUUUACUGGUGUUUAUUGAAAAAUCAAUUGCACUGGUUUCCAUUGUGGAGAAAAAAAGUGUACACAUAUUCUGUGAAACAACUGAUGAAAUUAUUAAUUAAAAGUACAUAAAAUUGA